CCAGUACACGAUGGAUGUUUGCCGCGUUCGGUUGUGUAAGUGGAUCGCGAGUGAUGUCGCAGCAUGAUUGGUGUGCGUACCUUGUUGUGGUGUUUGUGCCUCGGCGCCCUCGCUGCUUACGCCAGCGCCGCCCGCGCCCAUCGCCUUCACCACGUUGUUCCUGCACGACAUAAACAUUCGGAAUUCGUUAAGGGCAAGAUAUGUAUCGGCACAAACGGUCGGAUGUCAGUACCCUCGAAUCGCGACACUCACUACAGAAACUUGCGGGACAGAUUCACCAAUUGUACUUACGUCGACGGCAACCUUGAACUUACUUGGUUGGAAAAUGAAACAAUGGAUUUGUCUUUUCUCCAACACAUACGAGAAGUUACCGGCUAUGUGCUUAUAUCAUAUGUUAAGGUAGCACACAUCGUUUUACCACAACUGCAAAUUAUUAGAGGAAGAACACUUUUCAAAUUGAAUGUAAGAGACGAGGAAUUUGCGCUUAUGGUGACGAUGUCUUCAGCUUUCACUCUUGAACUUCCCGCCCUAAGAGACGUUCUAAGGGGCAGUGUUGGAAUUUAUAACAAUUAUAACUUAUGCCACGUUAAAACCAUAAAUUGGGAUGAAAUCAUUACAGGAGUAAAUGCUUCAUAUGUGUUUGUUUAUAAAUUUAAAGUUCCAGAGAGGGAAUGUCCACCAUGCCACCCUAGCUGCGAGUUGGGUUGCUGGGGAGAUGGUCCUCUUAACUGUCAAAAAUUUUCUAAAAUAAACUGCAGUCCUCAAUGCGAUCAAGGUAGAUGUUUUGGUCCGAAUCCUCGAGAUUGUUGUAACACUUUCUGUGCCGGCGGUUGUACCGGUCCUUUACCCAGCCAGUGUCUUGCCUGCAGAAAUUUCUACGACGAAGGAACAUGCUCUCAAGAAUGUCCACAGAUGCAAAAGUACAAUCCUACAACAUAUUCUUGGGAACCAAAUCCUAACGGAAAAUACGCUUAUGGUGCUACGUGCGUAAGGAACUGCCCAGAGCACCUUUUGAAAGAUAAUGGUGCAUGCGUUAGAAGUUGCCCGCCUAACAAAACAGCAGUUAAUGGCGAAUGUAUUCCUUGUAAUGUAACUUGCCCGAAGACUUGUCGUGCGGAGAGACCGAUACACUCAGGAAAUAUAGAAAGUUUUAAAGACUGUACCAUUAUAGAUGGCUCUAUUGAAAUUCUAGAAAUGACAUUUACUGGUUUCCAACAUGUUAAUCCGGAUUAUUCAUUUGGAGAAAGAUAUGCGAAAAUGGAACCCGAUGCAUUAGAGAUUUUCAGCACAGUACGGGAAGUGACAGGAUAUCUGAAUGUACAAGCGCAUCAUCCGAAUUUCACCAGCCUUUCCUAUUUUAGAAAUUUAGAAGUGAUUGGAGGUCGCCAAGUAGUAGAAAAUCUAUUUGCGUCUCUAUAUAUUGUUAAGACUUCUUUGAAAUCGCUUGGAUUGAAGUCAUUGAAAAAAGUUAAUUCGGGGGCAAUUGCUAUAAUGGAAAAUAGGCAUUUAUGUUUUGCUGAUAAAAUUGCAUGGAACAAGCUGGUGAAAUCAAAAGACCACAAGCAAAUAAUUCAGAAAAAUGGAGAUAUUCAGAACUGUGAAAAAGCAAACAUGGUUUGCGACCCACAAUGUUCUUCGGAUGGUUGCUGGGGUCCGGGACCCGACCAAUGUCUUUCCUGUAAAAACUACAAAUUUGGCGAUAUCUGUAUCCAAAACUGCAGUGUUCACCCUGGACUUUACCAAUCGGGUACAAAAAUUUGCAAGCAAUGUCAUUCUGAAUGCCUUGAUGGAUGCUCAGGCCCCAGUCGUGCCAACUGCUCGAAGUGCAAACACGUACGCGAUGGACCUUACUGUGUAGCAGAAUGUCCAGACUCGAGAUACCCAUCAGAAAAUGGCACUUGUCAACCCUGCCAUACUAACUGCUUUAAUGGGUGUACAGGACCAGAAAACACCGUCGGAAUUGGUGGUUGCAAUUCGUGCAAAAAAGCUAUCAUCAGCGUGGAAGCUACAGUUGAAAGCUGCCUUAAAGAAAAUGAACCAUGUCCCGAUGGUUACUAUAACGAAUGGGUUGGAAAUGUAAUACUAUUAGAGGGGAAAGUUAAAGUAGUAUGCCGAAAGUGUCACCCAUUGUGCAGAAAAUGCACCGGUUUUGGAAUACACGAACAAGUUUGCCAAGUUUGUAAUGGUUUCAAACGUGGGGAUCAAUGUGAAGAUGAAUGCCCUCCGGAUCAUUUCACUGACGAAGUAGACAGAAUCUGUUCACCUUGUCACCCAGAAUGUCGUGGUUGCACCGGACUUACAUCGACAGAUUGCAUAAAAUGUGAUAAUCUAAAAAUAUUUUUAACUGACAUUAAUACUGGACCAUUCAAUUGCACUGCUACAUGUCCCGAAGACUUUCCACAUAAAAUAUAUUUCGACGAGCUGCACCAAAACCCCAUUGAAGAGCCAUACUGUUCAGCCCUAGCAAAUGGCCCGCCAGCAAUGUCAACCGCGAAAAUCCCAACCGUUUUGGUAAUAAUAUUGGUUUUGGCGGUUAUUUUUUUAAUAAUCCUAGCCAUGAUCGGAUAUACAUGUCGACAGAAAGCAAAAGCGAAAAAAGAAGCGGUAAAAAUGACUAUGGUUUUGACAGGCUGUGAAGAUAACGAACCUCUUCGACCAACUAAUGUGAAACCAAACCUCGCAAAACUAAGAAUAGUUAAAGAAGCGGAAUUGCGACGGGGUGGUAUGCUAGGAUUUGGUGCCUUCGGCAAAGUCUAUAAAGGUGUCUGGGUACCAGAAGGUGAAAAUGUAAAAAUUCCAGUCGCGAUAAAAAUAUUAAAGGAAUCAACAGGUGCAAACACAAGUAAAGAAUUUUUGGAAGAAGCAUACAUAAUGGCUAGUGUUGAACAUCCCAACUUAUUGCAAUUACUUGCGGUGUGCAUGACAAACCAAAUGAUGCUGAUUACACAGUUAAUGCCUUUAGGGUGCUUAUUGGAUUACGUACGAACACAUAAAGAAAAAAUUGGAUCAAAAGCCUUCUUAAAUUGGUGCACCCAAAUAGCUCGUGGAAUGGCUUAUUUAGAAGAAAAGAGGCUGGUUCAUAGAGAUCUUGCGGCACGAAAUGUCUUAGUGCAAACACCAAAUUGCGUAAAAAUAACAGAUUUUGGAUUAGCUAAAUUACUAGACAUUAAUGAAGACGAGUAUAAAGCUGCGGGUGGUAAGAUGCCCAUUAAAUGGUUAGCAUUAGAAUGUGUACAGCACCGAAUUUUCACACAUAAAAGUGACGUUUGGGCUUUUGGUGUUACUAUAUGGGAAAUUCUAAGCUAUGGUGCAAGGCCCUACGCCAAUAUAUCAGCCCGAAAUGUACCUGAACUCAUUGAAAAUGGGUUAAAACUUCCUCAACCAGCAAUCUGCACUCUUGACAUCUACUGUGUUAUGGUCUCAUGCUGGAUGUUGGAUGCUGAUAGCCGUCCCACUUUUAAACAAUUGGCAGAUACAUUCGCCGAUAUGGCUAGGGAUCCUGGACGGUACCUUGUCAUUCCCGGUGACAAGUUUAUGCGUCUACCAUCCUAUUCUACCCAGGACGAAAAAGAAUUAAUAAAGAACCUUUCAUCGGCAAUGGACGGACCAGAGCCUUUAGUAGAAGCUGAUGAAUACUUACAACCAAAGUUUAAAAAUUUGCCCGGCACUACUACAACUGUUUCUGUUGUUACGGCUGGUGUAGAAACUCAUACAGGAUCCUUAAAACCAGGUGCCUCGACAUCAUGGACAAAUAAUGGACCCAGAAUAGAAGGUGCGACCAAUGACAGUGCCAACAAACCUGAAACUUGGGAUCAAGAUUUAUUAAGAUAUAACAACACAAACAGUAAAUCUGAUGAUUCGGAUACUCGUCAUUAUUAUAAUAACGGAGUUUGUGCUUCUGAGAGCUCUAGUUCCAGAUAUUGUAGUGAUCCCAUGAAGUCUAGACCUGACGAAGAAAAUAAAUUCGACAGUAUGUCGAAAGUAAAAGAGGCACAAGUUGGAAAUCUAAAACUUAAUUUGCCACUUGACGAGGAUGAUUAUUUAAUGCCUUCUCCUCAACACACUCAAAACGCUUCCACUUAUAUGGACUUAAUAGGCGAAAGUGGGGAAGGACAGGAUAUAAAAGAUAUGUGUUAUGGUGGUUUUAUGGCGUCAAAGAGAUGUGUGGACAAUCCGGAAUAUUUAAUGUCAGACCAAAGUGUUCCAGCACAGACAAUUGGAAUACCCACGGAACCUUUGCCUCUAGAGAGUACAAGCGAGUGUAGUGGCAGUGAUUCGACACCGCAGCCUACAACUAGUAAAUAUCAACCCCAAAGAUCUGUCGAAGAAGAGUCAAUGUCCGAUCAUGAAUACUAUAAUGACUUGCAACGGGAGCUCCAACCAUUGCGCCGUAAUGAAACAACUGUAUAAAGCGUAGAAUCUUUUAUACAAUUUAGGUUUUACUUGUUAAUAGAGUGAUCUCUUAUAAUUAUAUCUACUUAAUGCGUGCAAGCGCUCAGCGUGCCAUUUAUCAAUGGCUAGUGUUAAUUGUUGAUUUUUUUGAAUUUUUAUUUUUAUAUUAGUAGUAUGUUAUAUCGCCACAGUAUAAUAGUAAUAAAUCAACAUAGAAUACCACAAGUAGAACGACUAUUUUCGAUUUAUCGUGGUUGAUAAUAAUUAUCAAUCAAGAAGAGCAAUGGAUGCAAAAAAGAUUCACUUAAUCGCUCCUGUCGAUCUUCGUCACGGCAAUGGUGGAGGACAAAUUACGAAAACGUUUCAGAGAUCACAACAUUGUGCAUUUCAAAAUGAGCUAGUAUAAAUGAAAGAAGCGUACUUUGCAAGUCAUUACUACGAAACUUUUCUUCUAUGCGAUCAAUGUGCUGCGAGAUGCGGAUAAAUAUGAAAGUGCAUAAUGUAGAGCUAAAGCGAACAGCGGUGGUAAUAAUCCAUACUAAAAUGAAAACUUGCUGUAGACACAGUGAAACAAGACAAUAUGGAUCAGAAAGUUUAUCCUACCCCAUCCAUAUUAACGGGUAUCUGUUAUUAAUUACCGCAAAAUACAGUAUAAAAAACUACCGCUAUAAUAAGUAGAGCUACACAGGAGAUACAUAAAUGGAUACGCCAUUUUAUUCAAAAUUGUACAGCUUUAAUAAACGAACUGUUUCUUAUUAUCGCCGGGAACAUCCGAGACAAAAAGGUAUCUUCACUAGAAAUACCAACAUGUAUAUGUUUAUACAUACCCAAAAUGUAUAAACAUCCGUCAGACAUUGGUUUAGCAGAUGAAACGAAAAGUUAUAAGACAUUAUUAAAGAUCAGUGCCACCCCGGAACAAAGGCUGCUAAUUAAAUUGAUAGAAUAAAGGGGAUAUGGGAUAUUUUGGCAGCGCUAAUCCAUAAAUUGUAUAAUGCUACUACCAUCCUAUUUGGCUUUGGUAAGGUUACAUAUUGAAUUGGAGAUCCUCAGAUAGUGUGUACUCAUACAUUAUCAUACUCAUAUUUCUUGGUCAAAGGACGGAAAUAAUUCAUAAAACUGCAAUGAACGGGCCCAGACCUUUUCUAGAAGCUAAUUAGUAGAAUGCAUGCAUGUGCCGUUACACAAACUCAACGUUAUUAGAUAAACAGAGUUGAAGCAUCUGAAAGGUCUAGGAUCCAGGUGUGGGGAAUCGAAGUCUGACGAUAUAAGCAAGUUGGAUAUAACUAACAAGUGAAAUUUGUGUACAAUCUUUCGACUUGACGAGAAUGAUCAUUAAAUUACGAAUAUUUUCAGGAAUAAAGUUCUUCUAUGUGGAAGAGUCUUCAAAUACUACCUGUAUCUGUUUCGAAAAAAUCGCGAAACAAGACGAAGGAACAACGACAUUACAUCUAUAUUAAAGAGACCAAUCAAAGUGCCAUACGAAUACGUCAAGGGACUCUAAUAUAUGCAUUCAUUACUAAGUGUGAGCAGAGCGAGUGAAGUGUGUUUUACAAACAAUACGUCGCUUAAAUUAUUGGAAAUACACAUGUUGUGGCCCUGAACUUGUGUACAUACGACACGUACAACAUUAACGUUCUUCAUAACCGAAACGAUACUUUGAAAUCAACUUUGGACGAAUUUGUUUAAAAUACUUAGACAGAAACGUGAUUAGAUAGGCCUGAUGAAUAAUUCAUCACCAAGUCUUACCUUUUAACGCAUAUUUAACUUAACCGAGAAUAAAUCUUUGUUGUUAACUGUUAUGAACUGUAAUUUGUAGAUAUAUAAUUUUAUUAGGUAUGCUAAUAGGAAACAAAACAAAAUAUUAUUUAUUAAUAAUAGGUUAAGAAAGGCUAUGUUUAUGUUUCAAAGUAUAGGUUUAAGCAAAAUAUUUUAAUAAAAGCUGUGAUAAUUAGAAUAAUAUUUAGUAGAUAUAAAUUUGUUACUUAAGUAAUGGAAUCGGUUUUCGGUGAAGAUUGCCAUUUAAGACAAUAUAAUUCAAAUUACUAUUAUAAACAGUAAAGUUAAGAUUACAAUGCAAUUAUUAUGAUUAAAAUAUGGUGAUUGUAGAUAAGUUAAUCAAUUAUAGCAAUUUCAUUCAAUAUGACUAUUUGUCAUAGAAAUACACUAUUGCUUAUGAAUUGUUAUGUUAAAUCUAUGAACCAUACGAUGAGCACUCAUGCUAGGUAUUAUUUAUAUGCAAAUGUGAUUUCAUCACUUCUUGGUGCAGCUUCGUUUUGGUCGCUUUUUUUAAAUAACUAUUUAUCAUAUAUACAUUGUAAUCAACAAUUUUUAUCGUUUACAUGCCAAUGCUUGCACAAAAUUAAAAAAAUGUAUACCUAGAUUUAAAAUUGUACGCAGAUACCGUGCCACUGUUAAUAGUAUACAUACGUUUUAAAAAUUAGAAUCCUGGUAGCUCUUAAGUUUGUAAUUAUGUUAAUAGCACAAGAAAUAAAGAUUUUAUACAGAGAAUUUUAAAAAUAUGUAUUUAUGGCUGUAUAUAAAUAACACUACAAUAAGAAUUGAUGAGCAUUAUCUUUAGCACAAACUAAGCUCAAUUUGUAUCCAAGUGACAACUGACAAUAUAUUUUUAUUAGCUAUUUAUAAGGUUUUAUUAAACCAAACCUCGAUUGCCAUGUAACUUGUAGAUAUAGGUUGUAAAAAUAUUUUAUGAAAUAAAAAUAAUUCGUGACCAAAUCCUUGAGUCACAAAUAUAUCCCAUUUAAAUUAAAUUUUGUGCCAUUAUGUACACAUAGAUUUAUAUAAUAUUUCUGUGUUCAAAAAUAUGCAAGCUUGCCUACUUAACAGCAAUUCUAGACAAUGAAAUUGAUUUAUGUUACAGAUAAAACAAUAGUUUACAUGGCUGAUUCAUAAAUGUAUUAGAAAACGUGGAUACUGUAUACCUUAAUAAAUAAUAGAAAAUA